AUGGAUGUGAACGGACGCGAAAACUCCAAGGAGGAGCACACGGAACCUAUGCGGGACACGCCUGCCGAACCCACAAUGCACGACGCCGAGCCAGAAAAUAUGAUCGACGACGUUGAAUCACCUGUACCGAACAACGGCCGUGGUGACAACGAAAGGCGGCCGUCUUACGUCAAUUCUCCCAUCAUAGAAACUAACGUUGGAGAGACCAUUGUUACCAUUGCCACAAACGCGGCUGAGACCAUUGGUACCAACGUCACCAACGCAGUUGAAAAGAUCAUUGCCACCAAGGACGUUGAAGAGGCCAUUGGUACCAUUGCCACAAACGCAGCUGAGACCAUUGGUACCAACGUCUCCAACGCAGUUGAAAGCGAGGUAAGAAGGGAGUCCAAUUUCAGCCAUAAUGGCUACGAAACGGCAAGAUACCACGACGAUGUGCCGGCAAACAACUACAUCCGGCCAGACGUUACGAUUACCACUUUGUCGCCCGACCACGACGAAGAGGAGGAGGGGAUAUUCAUGAACCCCUUGGACCCCAGAAUAGAUGACCACCAGUUCAAACUGCGCAUGUUCGCGAUUUUCGGAUUUCUGCCAUUCUUCUGGGUUGGAUGGCUCUUUGGUACCAUAUACGGAAUGGUAAACAAGGGCACCAAGCGUAUUCACAAGAAGUUGACGCUUUUGCUCGCACAAUUGACCUUCAUAGGCGGCGUGCUUAUAACGGUUAUAACGAUUGUGCUGUACUUCUCGUUGCGGCCAGUCGAGAAGGCGGCAGCCACGUUGCCGUCCCCAGUGACGUUACCGGUAGUGCUUUCGCCGGUGGAAGUGCUGUAUCCCCCCAUGGGUGACGGACCCCUCGUCAUUGUGCCGAAGAAGGUAGUGCCAGAGGAGGAAGCGACGGACGAAGUGCUGUAUCCCCCAAUGGGUGACGGACCACUUGUCGUUGUGCCUAAGAAGGUAGUGCCGGAGAAGAAACUGCUGGACGAAGCGCCUGAGGAAGUGCUGUACCCCCCGAUGGGUGACGGUCCCCUUGUUGUUGUGCCGAAGAAAGUAGUGCCUGAGGAAGCGCCUGAGGAAGUGCUGUAUCCUCCCAUGGGUGACGGACCCCUCGUCAUUGUGCCGAAGAAGGUGGUGCCGAAGGAGGAAGCGACGGACGAGGUGCUGUAUCCUCCCAUGGGUGACGGACCCCUCGUCAUUGUGCCGAAGAAGGUAGUGCCGAAGGAGGUAGUGCCAGAGGAGGAAAGGCCGGAGGAAGUGCUGUAUCCCCCAAUGGGUGACGGACCACUUGUCGUUGUGCCUAAGAAGGUAGUGCCGGAGAAGAAACUGCUGGACGAAGCGCCGGAGGAAGUGCUAUAUCCCCCCAUGGGUGACGGACCCCUUGUCGUUGUGCCGAAGAAGGAGCCGGAGCAAGUGCUGUACCCCCCGAUGGCUGACGGUACCCUUGUCAUUGCUCAACCUUCCGUGUAUCCUUACACGAGAUGCGGAGCUUACAAAGUCGACCUUCUCAAAAGUACGUUGGAAGGUCAAUUAGAAUCAUCUUGCUCAGUGCCUCACACCGAUGGAACCACUCAGAGUACGACUGUGUUCAUCUUCAAAGGCCUUCACGAUACCUGGAAAAAUGACAAAAUGUUCACCAAGCUGUUUGAUGAGCUAGACGAUGUCUACGCCGCAAACAUAAUUGAGACAGAGGCGCUCUCGACAGCUGUUCUCACCAAGGUUGAGGAGAGCUCAUACGGUCUGCCCAUGCUCGACGAAAUCUUCAAGUGCCUGGACGUCAAAGCUAAAAGCAAGAUCCAUCUUGUUGCUAUGUUUGACAACAAAGACGCCGCAGCCUUCAAGCCACCGAAGUCAGACCCAUUCGAAACCAUCGUAGCUAUCAACACAAUGGAGAAAGGUGGCGAAGAUCUCGGCAGCAGCGUUAUACCCAGCCACGUUGGCAUUGUGAACAAAAAAUACCAGUGCAAGGACAAAAGCCUCGAUUUCCCUCUGGAAGUAAAGAAUCCCGAAGGCUACACUUAUGUAGAGCGAAAAACAGGCUACGAAGAUUUGGCUCGGCUCUUAAAUGGGGCAAGCCUUAGGUCCUCAUCUGGUUCCAAAUCAGUAGACGUGAAAUAUUCAUUCCAAACGCACAAGCUACUCGAAAGCACUCAUGAAGCAUUGAAAUCACUCAAGGAGUUCGCGAAAAGCAAAGGCCCCGGCUACGAUAGAGUCAAAUUUGCCUCAUGCAUUGCCAUGCCAGAACCGAUGAAAAUAGACGAAUAUAACCCAUGGUUAUAG